AACUCGUCAUCCGCCCUGAAUGAAGUGACGUGCUCUCUCUCGCAUAUGGAGACGCGGAAAGAGCGGCGGUAAGGUCCGUGCGCGAAGCCCUCAGCAGCCGACCAGCAGCAGCAGCAACAACGACGACGACGACGACGACGACGACGACGACGACGCCGACGAGAGGAUGCUCCCUCAUCGGAGCUGCACUUGGCUGAUGUUGAUGCCGCUCCUGCUGAGUCUGUCCACCGGCGAACUUAGCUUCUACCGGGAUGCUCUCCCGGAGACGUCGGAGGACAUCGCCCUCAAGUACCUGGCCCGCUACCUGAAGGCGCAGCGUCUUCAGCAGUACCUGCAACCGUCCUUCCGGUCGCCGAUGCACAAGAAGCACAGCAUGCAACUGGACCGGCAGCGGCGCGAGUUCCUGGAAGUACUGAAGAAGACCACCCUGGAGAACCUGCGUAGGCAGCAUAAGCUGAAGACGUGGCCGCCACAUUACCAUCAACAGUACAACCCGAUCAACAAAAUCAUCCCGGAGCAGGAUUACCUCUUGAACUUCUAUGACCUGGGCCUCAAGGUGGGCUAUCCCAAGAUUGAGAAGUCGAGCGAGGACGACGGCGAAGGUUACGGGGAUGGCCUCGGAUACGGACGGGCCUUCCCCGAGGCCGACGGCGACGCGAUGGAGCCCAUGCUGGGCUUCCACGGCAAGUGGAUGGAGAGCGACGAUGCGAUCAUGUUGCACGAGGGCGGCAAGGAGAACAGCGCGCGGCCGGCGGCGGUCGGCGAGGCGAUGGUAACGUACAGGUUCGACAAGUCGAACCUCGAGGAGAAGCAUCCGUUCGCGGUGAAGCCAAACGAUCUCCGGUACUAUAGCCGUGCGUCCUCGUCGGACGGCUCGUACGAGCAAGAGGACGCCGCAGAAGCGAAGUCGGACGAAGAUAAAAUGCUGUUGGACAAGGGGCGGAUGUCGGCCGGCUACGAAGACAACGCGCAGGAUCUCGAGCGGAAGACGUCGAAGGACUUGUUGACCGCAGUCGACGGCAGGCUGGAACAGGAAAGAUCUGCGGCGCAUCAUCCGCUGAUUGUGCCCGUGAAUCACGACUUGAACAGCGACAUUUAUUUCAUCGCCGUCGUCGCCGGCUGCAGUGCAGCAGCGAUGUUCGCUCUGGUAUUGAUCAGCUUAACGUGGUGCAGACUGCAACGCGGCGCGAAGGCUGCGGCGGACAUAGAGUAUCCUGCUUACGGUGUGACCGGACCGAACAAGGACGUGUCGCCGUCCGGCGACCAGAGACUUGCCCAAUCCGCCCAGAUGUAUCACUUCCAACACCAGAAACAACAAAUUAUUGCCAUGGAGAAUCGUACUUCUGCAACGAGGGACCCGGGCUCCCUUUCGGAAGCGGAGAGCGAUGAGGAGAACGAGGAGGGCGAUUACACCGUUUACGAGUGUCCGGGACUUGCUUCGACAGGUGAGAUGGAGGUGAAGAACCCGAUGUUCCACGACGACCCAACACCGGCGACGCCGGCGCAGAGCAACAACAAAGAAGAGGACCACAUAUAGUUUCAAUAAAGUAGAGAAAUACCAUCGCGCGAUUUGGAGUAAAUCUUCCCUGGUGCUUAGCUCACUGUUAAUGUACCAUAUCGGAAACGUUUAUCCGUAUAUUGAGUGUAUACAACUUUAAUACUUAUAUAUGGCGCGAGGGGCGACGCGUUGCGCGAAGGCUAUCGGGGGUAUACCUUUGGUGUCAGAACGGCCGAUGUCGUUUUUUUCUUCGUUCUGGAACAAGAGAGGAACACCUGUCUGCUCAAUAGGCAGGAAAAAUCGAAGCACUACGGCGAACGAGCCGAUAAGCGUGUCAGCCGCGUUCUUAUGCGGGCGAAUUUAGUAGCUGCGUUUCUUUUUCUUUUUUUUGUAAGAUCGAUCGAAUCCUGCAAAAUACGCCUCUCCGAAGACAUCUAUCUAAUUCCGGAAAUAUCAGAAGGAAAAUAGUUCGUUUAAUUCACAAAAGAAGGGGAUAAUUUGAGUAUCGUCUUUUUCUUUUUUCGCGGUAGGAAACGACAUCGGUUCUUCUAGCGCCAAAACCGUCGAUCGCGGUUUCGCGGAAGUGACGGGGAAGAAGGGGAAAGAGGAGGGCAAGAAAGGAGAGAAUUCGAGGGCGGUCGGAGCUGGUGGGGCUGGUGAAUUGAUGAAUAAAAUCGCGUCUGUCUGAGAACACCCGUUUUCUAACGUCGCGACGUACUAUAGUUUGUACUUUCAUAGCAGGAGCAGGUGUGCCGCACGAUCGUCAUUAUUUUUCUAUUGCUCGUCAACUGGAUCCACCCCCGUGCCCGCGCGUAUAUCCAUUGGAUAUUCGCGAAUAUUCGCGUGAUAAUGGGGUGCGCGCGUUGUCCGGGCGGCGGUAUAUCUCGAAAACCACCAUUGUCCACGACUAUACUCCCUUGAAAGUAAAACUACGACUUAUUUCGAACGGUCUACACGCCGCUGUUUCGACUCUGUUUAUUAUCGAUCGGACGUAUAUGGAGAGAGAUAGAGAGAG